AUUGCACACCAGCCUGGGCAACAAGAGCGAAACUCCGUCUCAAAAAAAAAAAAAAAAAAAAUGCAAAAGAUACUACCAAGGCCUGCUGAGCGAGGUACCUAACACUUCAUUAGCGAGUUAAGAUGGGUUUCACAAUUUUUCAAGCAAGGAAACGGGCUCGGAGGUCUUGAACAACCUGCUACCCAAUAGCAGCACAGCUACUGGAACUAAAAUCCUCUGAUUUCAAAUAACAGCCCCGCCCACUACCACGAAGUGAAGUCAUCCACAACCACGCACCGACCACUCUAAGCUUUUGUAAGAUCGGCUCGCUUUGGGGAACAGGUCUUUAGAGAACAUCCCUUUUAAGGUCAGAACAAAGGUCUUUCAUAGGUCCCAGGUCGUGUCCCGAGGGCGCCCACCCAAACAUGAGGUGGAGCAAAAAUAAAGGGAUGGGAGACUUGGAGUAGGCAUAGGGGCGGCCCCUCCAAGCAGGGUGGCCUGGGACUCUUAAGGGUCAGCGAGAAGAGAACACACACUCCAGUUCCCGCUUUAUUCGGUCAGAUACUGACGGUUGGGAUGCCUGAUAAGGAAUUUCCUUUCGCCACGCUGAGAAAUAUCUGCAGCGGCCCACCCAGGCCUGACUUCCGGGUGGUGCGUGUGCUGCGUGCCGCGUCACGGCGUCACGUGGCCAGCGCGGGCUUGUGGCGCGAGCUUCUGAAACUAGGCGGCAGAGGCGGAGCCGCUGUGGCUGUGCUGCACCUGUGCUGCGCCUCGGGUCUCUUUUGCGGCGGUGGUCGCCGCCGGGAGAAGCCUGAGGGGACAGAUUUGUGAGCGACGCGGUUUUUGUCAGCUUACUCUGGCCAAAAAAGAACUGCACCUCUGGAGCGGACUUAUUUACCAAGCUUUGGAGGAAUAUUGUAGGUAAAAAUGCCUGUUGGAUCCAAAGAGAGGCCAACAUUUUUUGAAAUUUUUAAGACACGCUGCAACAAAGCAGAUUUAGGACCAAUAAGUCUUCAUUGGUUUGAAGAACUUUCUUCAGAAGCUCCACCCUAUAAUUCUGAACCUGCAGAAGAAUCUGAACAUAAAAACAACAAUUAUGAACCAAACCUAUUUAAAACUCCACAAAGGAAACCCUCUUAUAAUCAGCUGGCUUCAACUCCAAUCAUAUUCAAAGAGCAAGGGCUGACUCUGCCGCUGUACCAAUCUCCUGUAAAAGAAUUAGAUAAAUUCAGAUUAGACUUAGGAAGGAAUGUUCCCAAUAGUAGACAUAAAAGUCUUCGCACAGUGAAAACUAAAAUGGAUCAAGCAGAUGAUGUUUCCUGUCCACUUCUAAGUUCUUGUCUUAGUGAAAGUCCUGUUGUUCUACAAUGUACACAUGUAACACCACAAAGAGAUAAGUCAGUGGUAUGUGGCAGUUUGUUUCAUACACCAAAGUAUGUGAAGGGUCGUCAGACACCAAAACAUAUUUCUGAAAGUCUAGGAGCUGAGGUGGAUCCUGAUAUGUCUUGGUCAAGUUCUUUAGCUACACCACCCACCCUUAGUUCUACUGUGCUCAUAGUCAGAAAUGAAGAAGCAUCUGAAACUGUAUUUCCUCACGAUACUACUGCUAAUGUGAAAAGCUAUUUUUCUAACCAUGAUGAAAAUCUGAAGAAAAAUGAUAGAUUUAUCCCUUCUGUGACAGACAGUGAAAACACAGAUCAAAGAGAAGCUACAAGUCAUGGAUUUGAUAAAACAUUAGGGAAUUCAUUUAAAGUAAAUAGCUGCAAAGACCACAUUGGAAAGUCAAUGCCAAAUGUCCUAGAAGAUGAAGUAUAUGAAACAGUUGCAGAUACCUCUGAAGAAGUUAGUUUUUCAUUAUGUUUUUCUAAAUAUAGAACAAGAAAUCUACAAAAAGUAAGAACUAGCAAGACUAGGAAAAAAAUUUUCCAUGAAGCAAAUGCUGAUGAAUGUGAAAAAUCUAAAAACCAAGUGAAAGAAAAAUACUCAUUUGUAUCUGAAGUGGAACCAAAUGAUACUGAUCCAUUAGAUUCAAAUGUAGCAAAUCAGAAGCCCUUUGAGAGUGGAAGUGACAAAAUCUCCAAGGAAGUUGUACCAUCUUUGGCCUGUGAAUGGUCUCAACUGACCCUUUCAGGUCUAAAUGGAACCCAGAUGGAGAAAAUACCCCUAUUGCAUAUUUCUUCUUGUGACCAAAAUAUUUCAGAAAAAGACCUAUUAGACACAGAGAACAAAAGAAAGAAAGAUUUUCUUACUUCAGAGAAUUCUUUGCCACAUAUUUCUAGCCUACCAAAAUCAGAGAAGCCAUUAAAUGAGGAAACAGUGGUAAAUAAGAGAGAUGAAGAGCAGCAUCUUGAAUCUCAUAGAGACUGCAUUCUUGCAGUAAAGCAGGCAAUAUCUGGAACUUCUCCAGUGGCUUCUUCAUUUCAGGGUAUCAAUAAGUCUAUAUUCAGAAUAAGAGAAUCACCUAAAGAGACUUUCAAUGCAAGUUUUUCAGGUCAUAUGACUGAUCCAAACUUUAAAAAAGAAACUGAAGCCUCUGAAAGUGGACUGGAAAUACAUACUGUUUGCUCACAGAAGGAGGACUCCUUAUGUCCAAAUUCAAUUGAUAAUGGAAGCUGGCCAGCCACCACCACACAGACUUCUGUAGCUUCGAAGAAUGCAGGUUUAAUAUCCACUUUGAAAAAGAAAACAAAUAAGUUUAUUUAUGCUAUACAUGAUGAAACAUCUUAUAAAGGAAAAAAAAUGCCGAAAGACCAAAAAUCAGAACUAAUUAACUGUUCAGCCCAAUUUGAAGCAAAUGCUUUUGAAGCACCACUUACAUUUGCAAAUGCUGAUUCAGGUUUAUUGCAUUCUUCUGUCAAAAGAAGCUGUUCACAGAAUGAUUCUGAAGAACCAACUUUGUCCUUAACUAGCUCUUUUGGGACAAUUCUGAGGAAAUGUUCUAGAAAUGAAACAUGUUCUAAUAAUACAGUAAUCUCUCAGGAUCUUGAUUAUAAAGAAGCAAAAUGUAAUGAGGAAAAACUACAGUUAUUUAUUACCCCAGAAGCUGAUUCUCUGUCAUGCCUGCAGGAAGGACAGUGUGAAAAUGAUCCAAAAAGCAAAAAAGUUUCGGAUAUAAAAGAAGAGGUCUUGGCUGCAGCAUGUCACCCAGUACAAGAUUCAAAAGUGGAAUACAGUGAUACUGACUUUCAAUCCCAGAAAAGUCUUUUAUAUGACCAUGAAAAUGCCAGCACUCUUAUUUUAACUCCUACUUCCAAGGAUGUUCUGUCAAACCUAGUCAUGAUUUCUAGAGGCAAAGAAUCAUACAAAAUGUCAGACAAGCUCAAAGGUAACAAUUAUGAAUCUGAUGUUGAAUUAACCAAAAAUAUUCCCAUGGAAAAGAAUCAAGAUAUAUGUGCUUCAAAUGAAAAUGAUAAAAACGUUGAGCUGUUGCCACCUGAAAAAUACAUAAGAGUAGCAUCACCUUCAAGAAAGGUCCAGUUCAACCAAAACACAAAUCUAAGAGUAAUCCAAAAAAAUCAAGAAGAAACUACUUCAAUUUCAAAAAUAACUGUCAAUCCAGACUCUGAAGAACUUUUCUUAGACAUUGAGAAUGAUUUUGUCUUCCAAGUAGCUAAUGAAAGGAAUAAUCUUGCUUUAGGAAAUACUAAGGAACUUCAUGAAACAGACUUGACUUGUGUAAACGAACCCAUUUUCAAGAACUCUACCAUGGUUUUAUAUGGAGACAUAGGUGAUAAACAAGCAACCCAAGUGUCAAUUAAAAAAGAUUUGGUUUAUGUUCUUGCAGAGGAGAACAAAAAUAGUGUAAAGCAGCAUAUAAAAAUGACUCUAGGUCAAGAUUUAAAAUCGGACGUCUUGAAUAUAGAUAAAAUACCAGACAAAAAUAAUGAUUACAUGGACAAAUCGGCAGGACUCUUAGGUCCAAUUUCAAAUCACAGUUUUGGAGGUGGCUUCAGAACAGCUUCAAAUAAGGAAAUCAAGCUCUCUGAACAUAACGUUAAGAAGAGCAAAAUGUUCUUCAGAGAUAUUGAAGAACAAUAUCCUACUAGUUUAGCUUGUGUUGAAAUUGUAAAUACCUUGGCAUUAGAUAAUCAAAAGAAACUGAGCAAGCCUCAGUCAAUUAAUACUGUAUCUGCACAUUUACCGAGUAGUGUAGUUGUUUCUGAUUGUAAAAAUAGUCAUAUAACCCCUCAGAUGUUAUUUUCAAAGCAGGAUUUUAAUUCAAACCAUAAUUUAACACCUAGCCAAAAGGCAGAAAUUACAGAACUUUCUACUAUAUUAGAAGAAUCAGGAAGUCAGUUUGAAUUUACUCAGUUUAGAAAACCAAGCUACAUAUUGCAGAAGAAUACAUUUGAAGUGCCUGAAAACCAGAUGACUAUCUUAAAUACCACUUCUGAGGAAUGCAGAGAUGCUGAUCUUCAUGUCAUAAUGAAUGCCCCAUCAAUUGGUCAGGUAGACAGCAGCAAGCAAUUUGAAGGUACAGUUGGAAUUAAACAGAAGUUUGCUGGCCUGUUGAAAAAUGACUGUAACAAAAGUGCUUCUGGUUAUUUAACAGAUGAAAAUGAAGUGGGGUUUAGGGGCUUUUAUUCUGCUCAUGGCGCAAAACUGAAUGUUUCUACUGAAGCUCUGCAAAAAGCUGUGAAACUGUUUAGUGAUAUUGAGAAUAUUGGUGAGGAAACUUCUGCAGAAGUAGAUCCAAUAAGUUUAUCUUCAAGUAAAUGUCAUGAUUCUGUUGUUUCAAUGUUUAAGAUAGAAAAUCAUGAUAAAACUGUAAGUGAAAAAAAUAAUAUAUGCCAACUGAUACUACAAAAUAAUAUUGAAAUGACUAGUGGCACUUUUGUUGAAGAAAUUACUGAAAAUUACAAGAGAAAUACUGAAAAUGAAGAUAACAAAUAUACUGCUGCCAGUAGAAAUUCUCAUAACUUAGAAUUUGAUGGCAGUGAUUCAAGUAAAAAUGAUACUGUUUGUAUUCAUAAAGAUGAAACGGACUUGCUAUUUACUGAUCAGCACAACAUAUGUCUUAAAUUAUCUGGCCAGUUUAUGAAGGAGGGAAACACUCAGAUUAAAGAAGAUUUGUCAGAUUUAACUUUUUUGGAAGUUGUGAAAGCUCAAGAAACAUGUCAUGGUAAUACUUCAAAUAAAGAACAGUUAACUGCUACUAAAACGGAGCAAAAUAUAAAAGGUUUUGAGACUUUUGAUACAUCUUUUCAGACGGCAAGUGGGAAAAAUAUUAGUGUCGCCAAAGAGUCAUUUAAUAAAAUUGUAAAUUUCUUUGAUCAGAAACCAGAAGAAUUGCAUAACUUUUCCUUAAAUUCUGAAUUACAUUCUGACAUAAGAAAGAACAAAAUGGACAUUCUAAGUCAUGAGGAAACAGACAUAGUUAAAAACAAAAUACUGAAAGAAAGUGUCCCAGUUGGUACUGGAAAUCAACUAGUGACCUUCCAGGAACAACCUGAACGUGAUGAAAAGAUCAAAGAACCUACUCUGUUGGGUUUUCAUACAGCUAGUGGGAAAAAAGUUAAAAUUGCAAAGGAAUCUUUGGACAAAGUGAAAAAUCUUUUUGAUGAAAAAGAGCAAGGUACUUGUGAAAUCACCAGUUUUAGCCAUCAAUGGGCAAAGACCCUAAAGUACAGAGAUGCCCGUAAAGACCUUGAAUUAGCACGUGAGACAAUUGAGAUCACAACUGCCCCAAAGUGUAAAGAAAUGCAGAAUUCUCGCAAUAAUGAUAAAAACCUUGUUUCUAUUGAGACUGUGGUGCCACCUAAGCUCUUAAGUGAUAAUUUAUGUAGACAAACUGAAAAUCUCAAAACAUCAAAAAGUAUCUUUUUGAAAGUUAAAGUACAUGAAAAUGUAGAAAAAGAAACAGCAAAAAGUCCUGCAACUUGUUACACAAAUCAGUCCCCUUAUUCAGUCAUUGAAAAUUCAGCCUUAGCUUUUUACACAAGUUGUAGUAGAAAAACUUCUGUGAGUCAGACUUCAUUAACUGAAGCAAAAAAAUGGCUUAGAGAAGGAAUAUUUGAUGGUCAACCAGAAAGAAUAAAUACUGCAGAUUAUGUAGGAAAUUCUUUGUAUGAAAAUAAUUCAAAUACUAUAGCUGAAAAUGACAAAAAUCAUCUCUCUGAAAAACAAGAUACUUAUUUAAGUAACAGUAGCAUGUCUAACAGCUAUUCCUACCAUUCUGAUGAGGUACAUAAUGAUUCAGGAUAUCUCUCAAAAAAUAAACUUGAUUCUGGUAUUGAGCCAGUAUUGAAGGAUGUUGAAGAUCAAAAAAACACUAGUUUUUCCAAAGUAAUAUCCAAUGUAAAAGAUGCAAAUGCAUACCCGCAAACUGUAAAUGAAGAUAUUUGUGUUGAGGAACUUGUGACUAGCUCUUCACCCUGCAAAAAUAAAAAUGCAGCCAUUAAAUUGUCCAUAUCUAAUAGUAAUAAUUUUGCGGUAGGGCCACCUGCAUUUAGGAUAGCCAGUGGUAAAAUCAUUUGUGUUUCACAUGAAACAAUUAAAAAAGUGAAAGACAUAUUUACAGACAGUUUCAGUAAAGUAAUUAAGGAAAACAAUGAGAAUAAAUCAAAAAUUUGCCAAAAGAAAAUUGUGGCAGGUUGUUACGAGGCAUUGGAUGAUUCUGAGGAUAUUCUUCAUAACUCUCUAGAUAAUGAUGAAUGUAGCAUGCAUUCACAUAAGGUUUUUGCUGACAUUCAAAGUGAAGAAGUUUUACAACAUAACCAAAAUAUGUCUGGAUUGGAGAAAGUUUCUAAAAUAUCAGCUUGUGAUGUUAGUUUGGAAACUUCAGAUAUAUGUAAAUGUAGUAUAGGGAAGCUUCGUAAGUCAGUCUCAUCUACAAAUACUUGUGGGAUUUUUAGCACAGCAAGUGGAAAAUCUGUCCAGAUAUCAGAUGCUUCAUUACAAAAGGCAAGACAAGUGUUUUCUGAAAUAGAAGAUAGUACCAAGCAAGUCUUUUCCAAAGUAUUGUUUAAGAGUAACGAACAUUCAGACCAGCUCACAAGACAAGAAAAUACUGCUAUACAUACUCCAGAAAAUUUAACAUCCCAAAAAGGCUUUUCAUAUAAUGUGGUAAAUUCAUCUGCUUUCUCUGGAUUUAGUACAGCAAGUGGAAAGCAAGUUUCCAUUUUAGAAAGUUCCUUACACGAAGUUAAGGGAGUGUUAGAGGAAUUUGAUUUAAUCAGAACUGAGCAUAGUCUUCACUAUUCACCUACGUCUAGACAAAAUGUAUCAAAAAUACUUCCUUGUGUUGAUAAGAGAAACCCAGAGCACUGUGUAAACUCAGAAAUGGAAAAAACCUGCAGUAAAGAAUUUAAAUUAUCAAAUAACUUUAAUGUUGAAGGUGGUUCUUCAGAAAAUAAUCACUCUAUUAAAGUUUCUCCAUAUCUCUCUCAAUUUCAACAAGAUAAACAACAGUUGGUAUUAGGAACCAAAGUCUCACUUGUUGAGAACAUUCAUGUUUUGGGAAAAGAACAGACUUCACCUGAAAACGUAAAAAUGGAAAUGGGUAAAACUGAAACUUUUUCUGAUGUUCCUGUGAAAACAAAUAUAGAAGUUUGUUCUACUUACUCCAAAGAUUCAGAAAACUACUUUGAAACAGAAGCAGUAGAAAUUGCUAAAGCGUUUAUGGAAGAUGAUGAACUGACAGAUUCUGAACUGCCAAGUCAUGCCACACAUUCUCUUUUUACAUGUCCCAAAAAUGAGGAAAUGUUUUUGUCAAAUUCAAGAAUUGGAAAAAGAAGAGGAGAGCCCCUUAUCUCAGUGGGAGAACCCCCAAUCAAAAGAAACUUGUUAAAUGAAUUUGACAGGAUAAUUGCAAAUCAAGAAAAAUCCUUAAAGGCUUCAAAAAGCACUCCAGAUGGCACAAUAAAAGAUCGAAGAUUGUUUAUGCAUCACGUUUCUUUAGAGCCGAUUACCUGUGUACCCUUUUGCACAACUAAGGAACGUCAAGAGAUACAGAAUCCAAAUUUUACCGCACCUGGUCAAGAAUUUCUGUCUAAAUCUCGUUUGUAUGAACAUCUGACUUUGGAAAAAUCUUCAAGCAAUUUAGCAGUUUCAGGACAUCCAUUUUACCAAGUUUCUGCUACAAGAAAUGAAAAAAUGAAACACUUGAUUACUACAGGCAAACCAACCAAAGUCUUUGUUCCACCUUUUAAAACUAAAUCACAUUUUCACAGAGAUGAACAGUGUGUUAGGAAUAUUAACUUGGAGGAAAACAAACAAAAGCAAAACAUUGAUGGACAUGGCUCUGGUGAUAGUAAAAAUAAGAUUAAUGACACUGAGAUUCAUCAGUUUAUCAAAAACAACUCCAAUCAAGCAGCAGCUGUAAUUUUCACAAAGUGUGAAGAAGAACCUUUAGAUUUAAUUACAAGUCUUCAGAAUGCCAGAGAUAUACAGGAUAUGCGAAUUAAGAAGAAACAAAGGCAACGCAUCUUUCCACAACCAGGCAGUCUGUAUCUUGCAAAAACAUCCACUCUGCCUCGAAUCUCUCUGAAAGCAGCAGUAGGAGGCCAAGUUCCCUCUGCGUGUUCUCAUAAACAGCUGUAUACGUAUGGCGUUUCUAAACAUUGCAUAAAAAUUAACAGCAAAAAUGCAGAGUCUUUUCAGUUUCACACUGAAGAUUAUUUUGGUAAGGAAAAUUUAUGGACUGGAAAAGGAGUACAGUUGGCUGAUGGUGGAUGGCUCAUACCCUCCAAUGAUGGAAAGGCUGGAAAAGAAGAAUUUUAUAGGGCUCUGUGUGACACUCCAGGUGUGGAUCCAAAGCUUAUUUCUAGAAUUUGGGUUUAUAAUCACUAUAGAUGGAUCAUAUGGAAACUGGCAGCUAUGGAAUGUGCCUUUCCUACGGAAUUUGCUAAUAGAUGCCUAAGCCCAGAAAGGGUGCUUCUUCAACUAAAAUACAGAUAUGAUAUGGAAAUUGAUAGAAGCAGAAGAUCGGCUAUAAAAAAGAUAAUGGAAAGGGAUGACACAGCUGCAAAAACACUUGUUCUCUGUGUUUCUGACAUAAUUUCAUUGAGCGCAAAUAUAUCUGAAACUUCUAGCAAUAAAACUAGUAGCGCAGAUACCCAAAAAGUGGCCAUUAUUGAACUUACAGAUGGGUGGUAUGCUGUUAAGGCCCAGUUAGAUCCUCCCCUCUUAGCUGUCUUAAAGAAUGGCAGACUGACAGUUGGUCAGAAGAUUAUUCUUCAUGGAGCAGAACUGGUGGGCUCUCCUGAUGCCUGUACACCUCUUGAAGCCCCAGAAUCUCUUAUGUUAAAGAUUUCUGCUAACAGUACUCGGCCUGCUUGCUGGUAUACCAAACUUGGAUUCUUUCCUGACCCUAGACCUUUUCCUCUGCCCUUAUCAUCACUUUUCAGUGAUGGAGGAAAUGUUGGUUGUGUUGAUGUAAUUAUUCAAAGAGCAUACCCUAUACAGUGGAUGGAGAAGACAUCAUCUGGAUUAUACAUAUUUCGCAAUGAAAGGGAGGAAGAAAAGGAAGCAGCAAAAUAUGUGGAGGCCCAACAAAAGAGACUAGAAGCCUUAUUCACCAAAUUUCAGGAGGAAUUUGAAGAACAUGAAGAAAACACAACAAAACCAUAUUUACCAUCACGUGCACUAACAAGACAGCAAGUUCGUGCUCUGCAAGAUGGUGCAGAGCUUUACGAAGCAGUGAAGAAUGCAGCAGACCCAGCUUACCUUGAGGGUUAUUUCAGUGAAGAACAGUUAAGAGCCUUGAAUAAUCACAGGCAAAUGUUGAAUGAUAAGAAACAAGCUCAGAUCCAGUUGGAAAUCAGGAAGGCCAUGGAAUCUGCUGAACAAAAGGAACAAGGUUUAUCAAGGGAUGUCACAACCGUGUGGAAGUUGCGUAUUGUAAGCUAUUCAAAAAAAGAAAAAGAUUCAGUUAUACUGAGUAUUUGGCGUCCAUCAUCAGAUUUAUAUUCUCUGUUAACAGAAGGAAAGAGAUACAGAAUUUAUCAUCUUGCAACUUCAAAAUCUAAAAGUAAAUCUGAAAGAGCUAACAUACAGUUAGCAGCGACAAAAAAAACUCAGUAUCAACAACUACCGGUUUCAGAUGAAAUUUUAUUUCAGGUUUACCAGCCACGGGAGCCCCUUCACUUCAGCAAAUUUUUAGAUCCAGACUUUCAGCCAUCUUGUUCUGAGGUAGACCUAAUAGGAUUUGUCGUUUCUGUUGUGAAAAAAACAGGACUUGCUCCUUUCGUCUAUCUGUCAGACGAAUGUUACAAUUUACUGGCAAUAAAGUUUUGGAUAGACCUUAAUGAAGACAUUAUUAAGCCUCAUAUGUUAAUUGCUGCAAGCAACCUUCAGUGGCGACCAGAAUCCAAAUCAGGCCUUCCUACUUUAUUUGCUGGAGAUUUUUCUGUGUUUUCUGCUAGUCCAAAAGAGGGCCACUUUCAAGAGACAUUCAACAAAAUGAAAAAUACUGUUGAGAAUGUUGACAUACUUUGCAAUGAAGCAGAAAACAAGCUUAUGCAUAUACUGCAUGCAAAUGAUCCCAAGUGGUCCACCCCAAGUAAAGACUGUACUUCAGGGCCGUACACUGCUCAAAUCAUUCCUGGUACAGGAAAUAAGCUUCUGAUGUCUUCUCCUAAUUGUGAGAUAUAUUAUCAAAGUCCUUUAUCAUUUUGUAUGGCCAAAAGGAAGUCUGUUUCCACACCUGUCUCAGCCCAGAUGACUUCAAAGUCUUGUAAAGGGGAGAAAGAGAUUGAUGACCAAAAAAACUGCAAAAAGAGAAGAGCCUUGGAUUUCUUGAGUAGACUGCCUUUACCUCCACCUGUUAGUCCCAUUUGUACAUUUGUUUCUCCGGCUGCACAGAAGGCAUUUCAGCCACCAAGGAGUUGUGGCACCAAAUACGAAACACCCAUAAAGAAAAAAGAACUGAAUUCUCCUCAGAUGACUCCAUUUAAAAAAUUCAAUGAAAUUUCUCUUUUGGAAAGUAAUUCAAUAGCUGACGAAGAACUUGCAUUGAUAAAUACCCAAGCUCUUUUGUCUGGUUCAACAGGAGAAAAACAAUUUAUAUCUGUCAGUGAAUCCACUAGGACUGCUCCCACCAGUUCAAAAGAUUAUCUCAGACUGAAACGACGUUGUACUACAUCUCUAAUCAAAGAACAGGAGAGUUCCCAGGCCGGUACAGAAGAAUGUGAGAAAAAUAAGCAGGACACAGUUACAACUAAAAAAUAUAUCUAAGCAUUUGCAAAGGCGACAAUAAAUUAUUGACGCUUAACUUUUCCAACCGUUUGUAAGACUGGAAUAUAAUUUCAAAUCACACAUUAGUACUUAUGUUGCACAAUGAGAAAAGAAAUUAGUUUCAAAUUUACCUCAGCGUUUGUAUAUCAGAUGUUCUUUGCCCGAUUCUGUAUUGGUAUACUUUUGCUUCAGUUGCAUAUCUUAAAACUAAAUGUAAUUUAUUAACAAGUCAAGAAAAACAUCUUUGGCUGAGCUCAGUGGCUCAUGCCUGUAAUCCCAACACUUUGAGAAGCUGAGGUGGGAGGAGUGCUUGAGGCCAGGAGUUCAAGACCAGCCUGGGCAACAUAGGGAGACCCCCAUCUUUACAAAGAAAAAAAAAAGAAUGGGGAAAAGAAAAUCUUUUAAAUCUUUGGAUUUGAUCACUACAAGUAUUAUUUUACAAGUGAAAUAAACAUACCAUUUUCUUUUAGAUUGUGUCAUUAAAUGAAAUGAGGUCUCUUAGUACAGUUAUUUUGAUGCAGAUAAUUCCUUUUAGUUUAGCUACUAUUUUAGGGGAUUUUUUUUUUUUUUUAGAGGUAAC